ACUUCCGGAUUCGCAGCCAGACAAUAUAAACACGCAGCUGCGCACUUUCAGGCUUCAGACACGAUUGUUGUUUUUAUUUUGUUUUUUGCAAUAAAGUAACACGAUUAUAAGAGUUUAAUCGCUUGUGUUGCUCUUUGAAGACUUUUUAUUGUCACUUUGUACGUGAAAGAUGCCGUUUCUAGGACAGGAUUGGCGCUCAUGUGGACAGAACUGGGUUAAAACCGAGGACGGAUGGAAAAGAACAACGAAAGAUGAAAACGAGACGAAUAACAAUGUUUCCAAGAGCCAUGAAAGCAAUCAAGAGGACUACAACAAGGAAAACUUGCUCCUCUCUAUUAACUAUGACAUGGCCUCAAAGAAACGAAAGAAGGAUUUGCUGAAUAACAACACUAAGGUUCCCUAUUUCUACAAAGAGAAGUGGAUUUAUGUGCACAAAGGGAGCACCAAAGAGCGUCAUGGCUACUGUACUUUGGGAGAAGCUUUUAAUCGCCUGGAUUUCUGCAGCGCCAUCAAGGACACCAGACGAUUUAAUUAUGUUGUGAGGCUGCUUGAGCUGAUUGCCAAGUCACAGCUACCAUCUCUGAGUGGAGUGGCGCAGAAGAACUACAUGAACAUUCUGGAAAGAGUAGUGCAGAAAGUGCUGGAAGAUCAACAGAAUGUGAGGCCCAUCAAAGAGCUGCUGCAGACGCUGUAUGUGUCACUUUGCAGUCUGGUGCAAGACAUGGGCAAGUCUGUGCUGGUGGGAAACAUUAAUAUCUGGGUGCACCGCAUGGAAAACAUCUUGCAGUGGCAGCAGCAACUGGACAACAUUCAGAUAAACAGGCCCACAAGCACUGGGAUGACGCUCCUGGACUUGCCUGUCAGUCUCCAGUUGAACAUCAUGCAGCGGCUCUCAGAUGGACGAGACCUGGUUAGUCUUGGGCAAGUGUGUCCUGACCUCGGUGUACUGACUGAGGACAGGCUGCUGUGGAAGAACCUCUGCCAGUACCACUUCACAGACCGACAGAUUCGCAAGCGACUUAUGGUAUCUGAUAAGGGACACCUCGAAUGGAAAAAGAUGUACUUUAAGCUGUGCCGGUGCUAUCCUCAUAAGGAGCAGUACAGCGACACCCUGCAGUUUUGCACACAUUGCCACAUCCUGUUCUGGAAGGACACAAACCAUCCCUGCACAGCCAACAAUCCAGAGAACUGCAGCAUUUCCAUUUCUCCACAAGGUUUCAUCAACCUCUUUAAGUUCUAAAGGAACUUUUCUUGCUUUUGACGAUUUGUACAUAGUGUAUAUAAAGUCAAGUGCAUUCGAUUCCCAGAUGGUAUGAGUGGGAGGAAAAGCAUGUCUGUGGAAGUCAGAGUGAGGAGUUUGGAAGUUUUGAAAAGAUUAUGAAAAUGAAAAAUGGAAAGAAGAGGAGGAAAAAUCAGUGUCAAGGAGCUCCAUUUAUAGAUCAUGUAUUUUGUUGGGCACGACUAUCUUUGGAAUAAACAUAAGCUUUGCUUGGUGCAAGCAAUUUGCAUUACAAUUUGCCCUCAUGCUGCAAUAAUUCUUUAUAUAAUUUGGGUUUUGUUUUUUUUAAUAUGGUAUGGCAGUGAAUGAACUUCUGUUGGACUUUAUAUUUGCAUAUGAAAAAGCAUGCUGGAGUUUUUCAAAAGAAAGUGAGGAAAUGGAAUGUCCGUUAUUAUGGUGUGCAAUAUGUGUGGUUGGGGUUUUGUUUUUUAAUGGAAUUUUUUUCCACUUUUAUACAUUUGAUGGUUUAUUUUAAAUGUACUGCAGCAAAUGCAAGAUAAGUAAACACUUGACUAUAGUAUGAUCUGUUAACACUAUUGUGUAAUUUACAAUGUCAUUCACUGAUUGUUGCUCAAAUGUAGUCAAUGCACAUUGGACUGUUUUAAGAAACAUUCACAUGUUGCCUUUUGUCAGCAUCAACAGGAGAAAUGUUACUGAGCUAUGCAUUUAUUCAUAGCAUUUUUUUUUUUAAACUACUACCUGCAUGGUAUGAAUUUGAUACCAAAGAGUUGCUUAUUUAUUUAAUUCUGUGGCAUACAGUUUCUCUCUCGCUCUCUUUUUUUUUUUUUUUUUAAAUAAUUAUUUUAAAAUGCAAUAUCACACUUGUGUUCAGUUAUGCAAACACUGAUGCUCUCUCUUGAAGAGCAAGUCAUAAUACAUCUUGUUCCCAGCUGCUGAAAAUAAACCAUGUUCUUCUA